CCAUAUUACCCUAUAACGUGCUUCGCAACAGUAAGUUUUGCGAUCUUAAGAAGAAAAUAUUUUAAUUUACUUUGUCAAUUCAUCCCGUGAUUAUAUUAUUAGCAAAAUUAAUAAAGCAGGAUUAAGAAAAAAAAUUAAGCAAUUCUAUAAACGUAUACUUUUAAAUGUAACUUGUUAUUAUAUCACGUUCGGUUCGAUCGAAAGCACGAUGUUUCAUCGGUAUGAUUAAAACCACGUGCUUCGAGAGACCGACCGUUUUUGUAAAAAAUGAGAUAUGAUGUAAUCACGCUACAUGAUCGAUUUGUGAAAGAAUAUUAGAGAACAAAGAUUUUUGCUAUUAUCGUAAAGAGGCAUGCUGAGACAGAAUGACGGAGUUUGUAGAUGGUUGGAUAUUUGGACACACUCUAGGAGAAGGGGCUUUUGGCGAAGUAAAAUUGGUUAUAAAUAAAACUACAGGUGAGGCUGUUGCUAUGAAGAUGGUAGAUUUAGAAAAGCAUCCAGAUGCUCAUCAAACUGUUCGUAAAGAAACUACAAUUCACCGUAUGCUCUCUAAUCCUAACAUUAUACAGUAUUUUGGAAAGCGUAGUGAACCUACUAUGGAAUAUAUAUUUUUAGAAUAUGCAUCAGGUGGAGAACUUUUUGAUAGAAUUGAACCGGAUAUUGGUAUGCCAAUUUGGGAAGCACAAAAGUAUUUCAAACAAUUAAUUUCUGCUAUAGAGUAUCUGCACAGCAAAGGUAUUGCACACAGGGAUUUGAAACCAGAAAAUUUGUUAUUAGAUGAACAUGAUAAUUUGAAAGUUUCUGAUUUUGGUCUGGCAACAAUAUAUCGUUUACAAGGCAAAGAACGUUGUUUAGAAAAAAGAUGUGGAACAUUACCGUAUGUUGCUCCAGAAGUAUUAUUGUGUGCCUAUCAUGCAGAACCAGCGGAUAUAUGGUCAUGUGGUAUAAUUCUUGUAGCUUUACUGAGUGGAGAACUGCCUUGGGAUCAGUCCUUGGCAGACUGUCCAGAGUAUAUGGCAUGGAGAGAUGGAAAAUAUAUGUCUCUUACACCAUGGAAAAAAUUGGAUAAUUCUUCGUUGUCUCUGUUAAAAAAUGUUCUUAUGCACUCACCAGUAACCAGAUAUACUAUAAAGGAUAUUAAGCAACAUAGAUGGUUCGUCAAGAAAUUCCAGGAAGCUGGAAGUGUAGAAGGAUAUAUUAGACCUGACGAAACAGAUUUUGAAAACAGAAGACAAGCAACACAAGAUGAAAACAUAACAAGAUUCUGUUUAUCACAACCUGAAUUGCCUGGGGUAGAAAAUGCUAAUCCAGUAGAAAUUAAUUUGGAAGAACGAUCUGGAUUUUCGUUCUCACAACCUGCGCAUAUAGAAGAUUUAUUGUUAUGCACACAAGUACAAAAUAAACAAUUUACUCAAACAAGUCAGCAAAAUACUUUCCAACGGUUAGUGCGACGUAUGACAAGAUUUUUUGUUAAAACAGACCUGGAAACAACUGUAAAACGUUUACUAAAUUAUUUUAAAAAUGAAAAUUAUACGUGUCGUAUUAAUAAUUUUGGCACAAUUACUGUAACAGCAAAUGAUAGAAGAAAGAUGCCUUUAGUCUUUAAAGUAAAUGUGUUUGAAAUGGAUGGAAAGAUAUUAGUUGAUUUUCGUUUGUCUAAAGGCUGUGGUCUAGAAUUUAAACGAAUAUUCGUAAAAAUUAAAUCUUUAUUAGAAGAAAUCAUAUUAAAAGGUCCUAUUACAUGGCCAAUUGCCGUGGCAACUGAAUGCAUGCCUUAAUAUUGUAUACAACCAAAUUUUAUAAUAAAUUUUCUUAUACUCUUUUAA